AUGCCACAUAUCAGUACCCAUCUGAGCUGCCUUUCAGUGUCACCCAUCAGUGCCAGCCAGUGCCACCUAUCAAUGCCAGUCAGUGCCACCUAUCAGUGCUGCCAAUCAGUGCCACCUAUCAGUGCCGGUCAGUGCCGCCUAUUAUUGCCAGUUAGUUCUGCCUAUCAGUGGCCCGUCAGUGCUGCCUAUCAGUGCCUCCUAACAGUGCCAGUCAGUGCCACCUAAAACUGCCAGUCAGUGCUGCCCAUCAGUGCCAGUCAGUGCCACCUAUCAGUGCCUCCUAUCAGUGCCGCCUAUCAGUGCCAUAUAUGAGUGCUGCCU